AUGUUGUACAACUUUAUUUCGCUCGUUACCCUAGUGGUUUUAACUCUAACUCCUGCUACGAGUGAUCCAACAUUUAAGAAGAAGAAAGGCGGAGGUGGUGGUGGGAGAGGAGGUGGUGGUGGCGGUGUGAUAUUUGUAUCAGCACCUGCCCAUCCAGCGCCAGCACCAGUUUACGCUCCAGCACCACAUCCUCAACCAAUUUACAUUCCAAUUCCGAAGCCAAUUUUCGUUCCAGUUCCAGCACCACCUCCGCGUCCACCACCACCUCCACCAAGACCAGUUGUUUUUGUUCCACAUCCUGUGUAUGUUCCAGCUCCUGCUCCAAGACCGCCACCACCACCAGCAUACCAUCCUCCUCCAGCACCGCCUUGUUGUCAACCGGCUCCUUGUUGCCAUGGUUAA